AUGAAGAUAAAUCCAACCGAUCAGUGCCUGUCUCUAAUUCUACACACCCUUGACGUUACGGUAUUGCCAGAGGUCACAUCGGCAUCUGCUCGGCGUACAAUAGAAUUGAUCAGUGCCACCCUCGGCGAGCUGCUCAAGAGGCAACAAGAGCCAGCGAGAAACUUCAUCGCACAAUCCAUCGAAGAUGGCCUGGAACUGGAAGUAGAUUUCCAUCGUGUACUCAAUUAUCCGGUCACUACCGCUCAAUCUGGCUUAACGGACAAUGCCCCCUUCGAGGCCCUCGCCAAUCAAUAUGAUCUGCUGACGGAGCGCUUGAAUAAGUUGUGCGUUCAAGCGUCAGCAUCCACGUCAAAGAAUUCUAGUUAUACCGGAUUACUUCGUCGUGCCGCUGAGUGGGAGAUGGGCUACCUUACUGGGCAGGCAAAACUGACGGCGAGACCGUUCGGCGAUGAGUCCUCUGAAACAGAGCCACCAACUCCAUUGCCCCCACUUCGAGAUUUUCUCGAAGAUUUUCUGACAGAACGUCACGGCCCACUCGAGGUGACGGACUUCUCUGAGAUACCUGGCGGAUUUGGCAAAGAAACAUAUUUCUAUACCGUCAAACACGCAACUGGUUCUAUCGAAGAGCUGGUGGUUCGGAAAAGCCAGCCAGUCCCAAUGGUGUUACAUGGUGGCUUUCUUCUUGAGCGCGAAUUUCACCUCCUUCGAUCAUUGAGCCAGACAGAUUAUCCAGUUCCGCGACCAAUCGACCUCGCCCUCGACUUACCUGGUGUUGAAAGCACCUUCUUCACAAUGACGCGGAGACCUGGAAAAGUACUUGGUAGCUUUUUAGAUGGUGAAAACCAGAAGUUGCCAGAACCUUUGUUUGGGCAGCUUGCGGAACUCUUGGCCAAGUUACAUGCUAUUCCAUUGGAGACAUUCGCGGAUUACUUUGCUAUGCAUAAUGAAUCAGAUGCACUGAACGAAACAAUCGAGGCUCGUCACCGCCGCAAUCUGAAGGGAUGGCGCGAGUACAUCAAGCGCGUUGAGCAUUUGCCCUCACCUUACAUCACCUGGCUCUUCCACUGGCUAGAAAACCAUAUCCCGGCAGACUCAAGACUCUCGGUCCUUACACAUGGCGACUUUAGUGUUCACAACAUACUUGCUGAGAAUGGGCAAGUCACCGGUGUCCUUGAUUGGGAAUGUGCGGACUUCGGAGCUCCCGAGCAAGAUCUGGCCUACAUUAGACCUCACGUUUCCAAACAUAUGGACUGGGAAAGCUUCGUCGCUCACUACUGUGCAAGUGGUGGGCAAGAGGUCGAUGAACGGAACAUGCGUUUCUGUCUGGCGUACGGCGUUCUGAGGACUUUUAUUGGCGGUACCCGUGGAUCGUGGAAUCUUCAAAAGGGCUUUAACAGGGAUAUCCGCUAUGUCAUGAUGGAACUUGGUUUUGCUCCAGCGUUUAUGAAAAUUGGCCUGGACUACACGGCGGCCGGUGCUUCACAGCCCAUAAGAGUGUCCGAGAUUCCUCCUGAAGAUAUCGUACCUGCUGAGUAUGGAGCAAGUGUGAUUGGCAAGGCUGAAGGGACCGACAAGUUGGCCAGGGACAAAGUAGUUUGUUCUGAAGAAGAUUCAGGUGGAAGCGCAUCGGCAGAAGUAACAAGGGAAGAAGCGAAACCCAGUUAA